AUGAGGGCUCACACAUUGAUGCGACGGCCAGUCCGCGCAUUUACAAACCUCUCACGCUCGUCAAUUCGAUUACAGUCUACAACUCCCUUUGCUCAACGAUGCCUCUUCACCACUCCACUCACUUCCAGCAACACCUCCGUACCCCGGUUUCCGCUGAGCGGACGAUGGGAACCCCGGAGAUCUCUAGCAACUGCUGCGGAGAUCCUCGAACAAGCUGCGAACCCAGAUAGCCUUACUGAGGCCACAGUCAUAGAGAACAUGAAGCCAGAUGAAAUAAAGCAUAUGUCUCGGAUGCGAAAUAUUGGAAUUGCUGCCCAUAUUGACAGCGGAAAAACCACUUCGACGGAGAGAGUUCUAUUCUAUACUGGACGCAUUAAAGCUAUCCAUGAGGUUCGCGGCCGUGAUUCUGUUGGUGCAAAGAUGGAUUCCAUGGACCUCGAGCGUGAGAAGGGUAUUACAAUUCAGUCUGCAGCUACUUUUUGUGACUGGGUUAAGAAAGAGAACGGGAAGGAAGAAACCUACCAUAUAAACUUGAUUGACACUCCUGGACAUAUCGAUUUUACCAUUGAGGUCGAGCGAGCUCUUAGAGUCCUCGAUGGCGCCGUUUUGAUUCUGUGCGCCGUAUCCGGAGUCCAGUCGCAAACCAUGACUGUCGACCGACAAAUGAGAAGAUACAACGUUCCUCGAAUCUCUUUCAUAAACAAAAUGGACCGCAUGGGCGCAAACCCUUUCAAAGCUGUGGACCAAAUCAACCAGAAACUGAAGAUUCAUGCUGCCGCUGUGCAAGUGCCAAUUGGAAGCGAAGACGAGUUCAAGGGGGUUGUUGACUUGAUUAGGAUGAAGGCUAUUUACAACGAAGGCUCCAAUGGAGAAAUAGUCGUCGAAAAGGAUGAAAUUCCCGAAGAUCUCCUCGAUCUCGUUCAUGAACGACGGAAUAAGCUAAUCGAAACCCUCGCUGACGUCGAUGAUGAGAUUGCAGAAAUAUACCUAGAGGAAAGAGAACCGACUGUAGAGCAAAUCAAGGCUGCUAUCCGACGAGCCACGAUAUCCUUGAAGUUUACCCCUGUGUUUAUGGGUUCUGCAUUAGCUGAUAAGUCCGUGCAGCCCAUGCUUGACGGUGUUUGUGAUUACCUUCCAAACCCUGCUGAAGUUCCCAAUUUGGCUCUUGAUCAAAAGAGACAGGAGGCACCCGUCAAACUUAUUCCUUACGCCGAUCUUCCCUUUGUUGGACUUGCUUUCAAACUUGAGGAGAGCAAUUUUGGCCAGCUCACAUAUAUUCGAGUUUACCAAGGCACUCUCCGAAAGAGUAUGAACGUGUUCAAUGUGAAAAAUAACAAGAAGAUUAAGGUGCCACGAAUUGUACGCAUGCAUUCCAAUGAAAUGGAGGAAGUUUCAGAAAUCGGACCUGGCGAAAUUUGCGCUGUCUUCGGUGUUGAUUGUGCAUCUGGUGAUACUUUUACGAACGGAAAACUAGGGUACACCAUGUCUUCCAUGUUCGUCCCCGAACCAGUGAUUUCGUUAUCUAUUAAGCCAAAGAGUUCUAAAGAUCUCGCCAACUUCUCGAAGGCUAUCAAUCGUUUCCAGCGAGAAGACCCUACAUUCCGUGUCUACUUUGAUGCAGAGAGUGAGGAAACCGUCAUUUCUGGAAUGGGCGAAUUGCAUCUCGACAUCUAUGUUGAGCGUAUGCGCCGCGAAUACCGUGUGGACUGUGUUACAGGGAAACCAAGAGUUGCAUACCGCGAAACCCUUGGAAAGCGAGUCGACUUUGAUCAUUUGCUGAAGAAGCAGACUGGUGGCCCUGGUGAUUAUGCCCGUGUCGUUGGUUGGCUGGAACCCUCUGAAAAACUGGAGGUUAAUAAUUUCGAAGAACAAAUCGUUGGUGGUAGUAUCUCAGAGAAGUUCUUGUUUGCUUGUGAGAAAGGUUUCAAUUUGGCUUGUGAAAAGGGUCCUUUGAUCGGCCACAAAGUUCUUGGAACACGGAUGGUCAUCAACGAUGGUGCCACUCAUAUGACUGACUCCUCCGAAAUGUCGUUCAAAAUUGCAACGCAACAAGCUUUCAGAAAGGCUUUCAAAGAAGCUGAGCCCCAUAUUCUCGAACCUCUCAUGAAGACCGUCAUCACUGCUCCGACGGAGUUCCAGGGUGACAUUAUUGGUCUAUUGAAUAAGCGCAAUGCCAUCAUCAACGAUACCGAGACUGGUGUAGAUGAAUUCACCAUCUUCGCCGACUGCAGUUUGAACAGUAUGUUUGGCUUCAGCAGUCAUUUGCGAGCCGCAACGCAGGGUAAGGGUGAAUUUACCAUGGAAUUCAGCCAUUACGAAAAAGCUCCCGGGCAGCUCCAGAAAGAACUCGUUGCCGAAUAUGAGAAGGCUCAGGCAGCACGACACAAGUAA